AAGCAAAAUGCUGAAUUUGAUAAAACGGGCAUUUCCUCGGUCCGCAUCAAGGAUGUUUACAUUUUCCCAGCACUUUGCAGUGAGCAUGCAGACAACCUCCAAGCAACAAAUCUCAAGCUGAAUUUGAUGCACUUGAUGUUGGGACAGAGCAGACUAAAUUCCUACAUACUUCUUCAGGACCUAAACACCAGUUGGUUCUACUUCCCCUCUAUUUUUGAACCACCUGUUUUUGGACAGGGGUUAAUUUUUUUACCUUCUGUGCAUGUUUUGUCAAGACUUUAACAAAGACCGCACAUACUUUAAAUAUUUGAGCCAUAAGACAAAAUUGGAAUCAACACAAAAUAAUGACAAUACAGCAGUUACACAGCAGCCAAUGACUGUGAAGCAACAAGAACUCCCAUUUUGUUUGAAGGCACUCAUUUGCUGCAGAACACAUCCACGUCCUGGCAGAAAAUGCACAAGGGGAGGAGUUGUGUCUGCUUGCAGCUCUGUGGCCGUUAGCGAUGGUGGUAUUUAUGAACAGUUAGCAUGUGAGGCCAGUGAGAUGAGAGCAGGAUUGGCGUGAUGCAACAACAGAUGCCAAGGAUGAGUUCCCAAGUGACCCUGCUAUGCUGCAUGCUCUUCAUUCCCGCUUUGCUAGAAGCCUCAUCUCUCAUGAGAGUAAAGAAUGAUGCAGUCAGCAUUGAGUCAGCCAAAGCGCACAAUUUCUUAGCUAAUUCCCGACCCAAGAGGAACGUCGACCCAAAGUGGUACAGAGGCACCCCUGACUUCCAGUCCUACUACCGCUUCUACAACAGCAUUGGACACAUUGAAGGAAUCUAUGAGAUAGACAGAAUCAGGAUGCUGUACCAGCAGAUGCGUCACUUGGAACUAACCUACGGCUCAGAUGCCUCCAGCUACCAAAGUAUCAUGGGUGUACAGACCACCACUGCAGCUCCCACUACCGCCACCCAGCCUCCCACACCCUCAGAUCCUACACCUGACCCUCUGGAGCAUGCUCAGCGGAUCUACCUGUGCCACCCCAAAGAUCCACUGUGCAAACCUCAGAUUGUCUACAUACCCACCGGGGCCGUCCCAGUGCUGUGCGACCCACGACACAACCCAGCCUGCAGGCCCGAGACGGAGGAAGGGAUCAAAUCCGCUGCUCCUCCUCAACUGCAUCCAGCCCCCAAAAAGUCAGCUCCUCCUCCACCUCCUCCCAUCACUGUUAAACAAAUGGAGUACGACUGUGACCCUUACUGGGAUCCUGACUGCCUCAUUGAUCACCCCCCACACCCCAUCCAGGACACGGUGAAGGUAGAGAAACCUAUUGAGAACUUGGUGAAAGAGGAAGACGCAAAAGCUGAGGACAAUGUGCCUGCAGAAACCACCAAGGAAGAGUCGCAAUACCCUUACUUUGACCCUUAUGAUUUUAAACGUGACCUUUAUGACCCCUUCCACUAUGCCAACCCAGGGCCUGAGGAGCAGUAAAAACCCCAACACUGCAAGAAGACCGCAAAUC